CUGAAAUGAAAAUUGACCUGGUCGAGCAUUUUAUUAGAUAUUUUUUACUCACUCUGUAAAUAUAUAAUGCCGACGUAUUUCAGCAGAGAAGAUAGGUACUCAAAUGUACUUCUAUGGGUUAAGUAAUAAAUUUCAUGCGAACAUGUAAAAUUUGAUUUUUAUAAUUUCGACUUUAAUGACACAUAAUGGCAACAAGACCAGCUCUUCAAGAUGCCGUGCAUUAUAGAGUAAAGAGGGUUAAGGGUCACAAAUGCGCUUUAGUUUGCGAAGCUGACCCUGUAGCUAAAUAUAUAAAAUCAGGACCUUUCAUUCCUUUAAGAAGAAAAUUUAGAAAACUAAUGAUCAUCAGCCCCAGAGAUCCAAGGACACAUUCUUUUGCGAAAUCUUUGAGUAGGAUAAAAAUUGAGGAAACAAGACAUUUGGAGAACUACUAUUAUAUCAUACACCCUUUCAGCGAUUUUCAUUUUAUUUGGCAAACAAUAAUGACCUUAACGCAUUUGAUGAUUUUGAUCAUUAUGCCCAUAUACUCUUUAGGCAAAGUAAGCAAAACAAAUCUAACCACUCAAAAGAGAAUGUUCAGAUUCAUAUUAGCUUUAGAUUCGAUCUGUUGGAUGAAUAUUCUUUUGAGCUUCAUCAUAGGAUACCAUAACAAGAAGAAUGAUAAAAUAAUUUUAUUCCCAAAAAAAAUUAUCGUAAGGUACUUAUGCACACAUUUCGUAUUCGAUUUCAUAUCCACUUUGAAUUAUAAUUUAUUUUUUGGAAGAAUAUUUGGAGCUAAUUGGUACACGAGAUUUCAAUGGGCUCUUAAGUUGAUUCGCUUGAUAACUAUCAAUGAAUACUUGGAUAACGUACAAUUGAGACUUGCUUUACCUAACUUCCUAUAUAGAAGCUUCAAAUAUACAUUAUUCACCACUGUUAUAUUAUUGUGGUUAAUGUUCGUGGACUAUGCUUUCGACUACUAUUAUCGUAGAGUCAUCAUACACAUCGACUUAGCACACAAGUUUUUCCUUGCUGCAGACAACAUUUUGAGAAGGCUUUUCUUAGUUGAUAUUUACAAGGGACAAUACAAAUAUAUAACUCCAUUGGAUUUGUAUGUUUCCUUCAUUACUCUGCAAUGUGGUAAAAUAUUUGAAAUAUGGUUACUUGCCAAAAUAUCCCAAAUAUUCGCGAGUUACACCAUGGUUACCCUCAGAUACCAGACGUUAAUCCACCAGAUCAAGGCUUAUAUACGUUUCAAAGACCUGCCGAAGAGAAUGAGCAGGCGGAUAUACAGUUACAUCAACUUCAGAUUCCAGUAUUACAUCUUCAACGAGAAAACUCUGAUGGAUAACCUCUGUCUGACCUUGAAAAAACAAAUACUCUGGCACACUUGUCAAAAUCUGGUGACGAAAGUGGAAACGUUCAAAGAACUGCCGCCAGCCGUUCUUAUGAAAUUAGUUACGAUGAUAAAACCGGAGAUCUAUCUUCCUAACGACGUGGUGGUGCAGGCUGGAGAGGUUGGGAGCGAAAUGUUCUUUAUUUAUGUCGGUGUAUUGGCAGUAUUUACAGAGUCUGGUAAAGAGAUUUGCCAUUUGUCAGAUGGUACCCAUUUUGGAGAAAUUGCCUUACUCUUGAACGAACCCAGAGUAGCAAGCGUGGUAGCAAUCGACUUUUGCGAGCUAUAUCGCUUGACCAAAAAGGAUUUCAACGAAGCAAUAGAACCUUAUCCGGCUGUAAAGGAGAAGAUAUUGAAGGCUGCUUAUGAAAGGUUCCAGGAAACCAGGAAUAUUUCACCGAAAUGAUUUUUUCAUGAGGAGUCCUUCACCAUUUCAAUUUCUUUGUUGAGUAUUAAGAAUAAUUGUACAAUAAAAUCACUUACUGAGCUGAUAUAGCCUCCAAAAAAAAAAUUUCAGAUUGUAAGAAUAUAGCUUGUUUCUUUUCUGAAAAAAAGGUUGUGAAAAAAGUAAGAUCACUUCUUUGAGAUCACAAAAUGGUUUAUUGGAGCCAUAUGAUGCUUUCAUACAAAGGAAAUUAAUGCAUUCCAAUCUGGAAAUUACCAAUUCAUAAGUAGACCGCAACUUCGGAGGAGCAACCAUAAGAAAUUUCUGAUUUUCAGACAUUUACCAUACAAUGUUCAUCAGAACAAAAUUAUAAAAUAUACUAUGAUUCAAUGUUUUCAGAAGAAGUGUUU